AGGGUUACUGUGCGAAGCCUCGUCCUUGACAGUCUCGUCCAUCCACGCUAACUGACGACUUGCACGAGAGGAAUUCUGUUUAUUUUCGCCUUCUUCUCCAAUCCUCGUUUCCUAGCGCUUCUUGGGAUCCUCGCGUCAUAGCGUCCUCCCUUUUCUUCUACCCUCGCUUCUGUAGCGUUAUUGCGCCCGAGCCGUUGCCAAUAGCUAGCCUUCAUUACUCCAACCCUCUGCAUAGCAGGUCCGAUCACCCGACGCGCCAAAUAGACUAACAUUCGAAUGCUCCUAACUCCACUCUAACGCCUCCGUUUCGGUCUAGUUUUUUAGCCAACGCGUAGAGGUAUUCCUGCCUGACUAAAUAGUUUAUCGCGCAAGCUAACACUAGACUGUUCCAAUGGGCACUCAAGCCGACCACAGCCCCGUCCACUCCUUCCCUCCAUCCGCCAGCAUUCCUCCCGCCAUGGCUUGGUGCCAAUUCGCACCGGUUUUCCAAUCGUCAGAUCCGAUCCUCUCGCUGUCAUCCCCGCCGCCGAUGUUGCCAGUCGCCGGCGAAGCUGACGGCGAGCCGCUGCCGGCGGCCGGCAAGUCCAUGAUGGAAUGGAAGGAUUCUGUCGUCAGGGCGGCAGCAGCGAUGGGGACGACGCCGGCGAGCGAGUCGUUCGAUUCGUGCUCCACCGAUACAAGCGCAUCCGAUAUAAGCGCGUCGGACUCCGCGCCGCUUUCCUCUGACUGGAGCUCUAACUCGUUACUAAGCCUAACCUCGACCCGCUCCGAAGAGACGGAGGAUUUAAGUAGUACCGACGGAUCUGGGGCCGCCUCACCUGGGCGUCCGGCUAUGGCGGAUGCGGCAGCGGCGGCGGCGGCGGCGGCGGAUUUGCAGAGAGUGCUGCUGCUGGCGGAAAACGCGGGGAAAUUGGAAGAACUAGCGGAGAACGCGGCGAGGAUGGGCCUUCUCCCAGAAUCGAAAGUGCUUACCCUAAAUCUCGAGCGGGCAGCGGCUGCCGCGGCGGAAGUCGCGGCGACUGAGUCCGCCGGCGGCGCCGCUGGCGCAGUAGCAACUAACAGGGAGGCUGACGUCAUCGAUACUGCCGCCUCUACCACCCCUACUGACCGUACCAAACCGAUCAACCCUGCCGGCCUGGUAUUCCCCGCCUCUCCUGCCGCAUCAGCCGCCGCCCCGCCCGCUGCAUUCGUCGCCAUGCAGCGGCGGUCCGCCACGAGCCGCGUCGUGCACAACGCGGCUCGGCGGGAUGACGUGGAGGAGCUUCGGACGCUAUUGGCGGAUAAUCCGGAGCUGAUCAACGCGCGGUCUAGCCUGACGUGCCAGACGCCUCUGCACGAGGCGGCGGCGGAAGACGCGGCGGAAGCCGUCCGCCUGCUGCUGUCGCUCGGCCGGCCGCCGUCAGCCGCGGGGAGUGGCGCCGGGGAGGGGGAAAGGUCGGCGGAAGAGUCGGGCGCGGUUGCCGCCGACGUCGACGCGCGCAAUAUGUUCGGCGAGACGCCUCUUCACAUCGCCGCCAAGUGCGGCAGCGCCAAUUGCGUCAAGGUGCUCCUCGAAGGCGGUGCCGCCGCGAAUGCUGCUGCGUCGAAUCGCGCCACGCCGCUGCAUCUCGCCGUCUGGGCGGCGAUCAACACCGCUGACGUGGCAGCCGGCAGCGGGGCGGCGGACGUGGCGGCCGGCAGAGGGCAGCCAAAGAUUCUGGAUGUGGUGGAGCUGUUGUUGCAGCACGGUGCUGACGUGGCAGCGCAGGACAAGGACGGCAACUCCCCUUUGAGUCACAUCCAAUUAGGAUCCACCUCCGUUACAAGCACCGGCUCCAAUAGCAGCAGUACCAGUAUGCGCGCCUCCCUUCGACUAAUCCUAGACCGCCACGUGGCACGCACCGCCCCACCCCCUUCCCCUUCCCUCUCCUCCCCCUCUUCCGCAUUCGCCGUCAUGCAAACGCUCGAAAAAGAGCUAUCCGCGUUAAUAGGUCUCCCGCUAUUGAAGCAGCAGCUGCGCGUAUGGGCCAAGGGGCUAGUCUUAGACCAGAGGCGGCGGGAAUUGGGCAUCCGCGUGCUUCCGCGCAAACCCCCCCAUAUGGCGUUCCUAGGCUCCCCGGGAACCGGGAAAACGACCGUCGCGCGCGCGCUUGCGCGGCUCUUGAACCUAGUAGGCGUUUUACCGACGGAUAAGGUGGUAGAGGUGCAGAGGACGGAUUUAGUCGGCGAGUUUGUGGGCCACACGGGUCCGAAAACGCGGAGGAAAAUAAUGGAGGCGGCCGGGGGGGUGCUGUUUGUUGACGAGGCGUACCGGUUGGUGCCGCAGCAGCGGGCAGAUGAAAAAGAUUACGGCGCGGAGGCGUUGGAGGAGAUCAUGUCGGUGAUGGACUCGGGCAGCGUUGUGGUGAUUUUUGCUGGUUAUGCCGAGCCAAUGAAACGGGUCUUUGCCGUGAACGAGGGGUUUCAGCGGCGCGUGUCGCGAGUCUUUGUGUUUGACGACCUCUCGCCACUCGACAUUGCGCAAGUCAUUCUGCUUAAAAUGAAGCAGGCCGCUGGGGUAGCUGCUACUAGCGGGGAUGAGAGUGAUGGUGAUUGUGCUAGCGGCACCAGCAGCAGCAGUGGCAGUAGCGGAAGUGAUUAUAACAGCAGCAGUAGUAGCAGCAGCAGUAGUGACUACAGUGGUGCCAUUCAGCAGUCGCCCCUUACAGGAUUCAGGUUGCAUCCCAGCAUCACCUCUUCCUCCCUAGCAGUGGCUAUAACCCAAUUGACAACAGAGGAGCAGAGGAGGCAGAGGAACGGUGGGAUGGCGCUGCCUGUUCUAAUGGACGCUCGAGAUCGACUGGACGAACGGCUGGAUCUCGAUUGCUGCGAUUCUGAGGAGCUUGUGACUAUAACGAUGGAAGACAUUGAGGCAGCACUGCUCAUCAUCCCCCAAUAAGGGCCGAGAUUGUGACACAAUGGGACGGUGCAUUAGCCCAAAGCCAAUGUGACAAGGUGAUGCUGACAUGGAGUGACUAAAGCCAACUGCAUUUAGUGGGACUGAAGUCCGUGUUGCACCAUUGAAGCACCUUUGCUGGGGCGGAUGAGUCGGAUGAAGCAACAAAGUUGAGUUGGGUGGUGGUCUGGAACGGCAAUAAGCAGCAAGGUGGCUGCAGGUACUGUAGCAUGGUUGGCAAGCUGCUACUGGCACCAGUGAGCAGCGCCAGGGUAGGGGGCAGGGAAACCACAGAGCAGGCGGAGUAACUAGAGCAAGGAGCACAGCUUCCCAGGGUAGUGCUGAAUGACCAACCUGUAACUGCUUUGCAGCCAGUGUUUAGCUUAGGCUCAUAGGAAAUGUAAUGUAGCUUAUCUAGUAGAAGUUAUGAAAGUGGC